AUGGUUAUUACUUCAACCCCCUCAAAUGGCAGUUCUACCACAGCGAUUGAGCAAGCUGAGCCCGUGAAAGACGAGCCCCCUAUAGGUGCCCAACGCCAGCCUGUGAACCAACAAUCCACCAACGAGAAAGCGGCCGGAGCGGGCACUCCAGCCUCCUCGAGAGAGGACCUUUGCAAGAACGCCCACGUCAACGACGUUGCCUAUCUCUCGGCCCAACUUGAGGUCGAUGUCAAUCAUGGCCUUAGCAACCACGAAGCGGCAAGUCGCCUCCAGAAGGAUGGACCCAACAAGAUCAAGGAUUCAGAAGGGAUAUCCGUGUUCCAGAUUCUCUUGAGACAAGUCUCCAACUCUCUCACGCUUGUUCUCGUGAUCACUACGAUCCUAUCCUUCAGUCUAAACGACUACAUCGAGGCUGCCGUCAUUCUAGCAGUCAUCUUCCUCAACAUCGUCGUUGGCUUCAUCCAGGAUUACCGUGCAGAGCAGACUAUAUUGUCGCUCCAGGCACUGUCGUCACCGGAAUGCAAGGUUCUCCGCGGUGAGCAAAUCCAGGUUGUCAAAGCCGAGACUUUGGUCGUCGGCGAUGUCGUCCUGUUGGCCGCUGGUGCCGUUGUUCCGGCCGAUCUACGCCUCUUCGACUCAGUGAACCUGUCUACCGAUGAGGCAUUACUCACUGGUGAAUCAUUGCCCAUCAGCAAGUUCGCCGACCAGAAACUCACCCGAGCCGAUGUACCUAUCGGCGAUCGUACCAACAUGGUAUACUCGGCAUCCAUGGUAACUCGUGGACGCGGCUCUGGCAUUGUUAUCGCUACGGCUAUGCUGACCGAGGUCGGAAAAAUUGCCGCCUUGCUGCAAGACAAAAAGGCCUCUAAUGCGGACGCAAAUGUAUUCCAACGCUUUUACCGGCGUACGAUCGAGAUCGUCAAGCAUGCUCUGGGCCUUGUGGGUAGCCCUCUACAGGUCAAGCUCAGCAAGUUCGCACUCCUGCUCUUUGGGCUCGCUAUCCUCUUGGCAGUCAUCGUUUUCUCCACCGCUAAAUGGGACGUCUCAGACGAGGUGCUCAUUUACGGUAUCUGCGUUGCUGUGGCCGUUAUCCCCGAAUCACUUAUCGCGGUGCUCACCCUGACCAUUGCGGUCGGCACAAAGGCCAUGGCAAGGAGCAAUAUCAUUAUUCGAAAGCUCUCGUCCCUCGAAGCUGUGGGUGGUGUCACCAACAUCUGUUCUGACAAGACAGGUACGCUCACUCAGGGCAAGAUGAUUGUCAGAAGAGCUUUGGUCAAGGGCUCGGAAACUCUUUCGGUGCAGAACUCGACCAACCCAUUUGAUCCUACCAGCGGCACAGUCGAAAGAGAAGACGGAAACGCUAUCUCAGAUGUGCAGGCUGGUACACCACUGGAUCUCUACCUCGACAUUGUGUCUCUUUGCAAUUUGUCCACGGUACAGAAUCUUUCUCGCACCGUCACCGGCUCUUCAAAGCCUGCAGGGACCCUUGGCCAAGGCGGCUGGACAGCUGUUGGCGAGCCGACCGAGGUUGCUCUUCAAGUAUUCGCCAUGCGUUUCGAGCAUGGCAAAGCUGAAGCUAUGGCAAAGAAAGAUCGCACUCUGCUCGGCGAGUUCCCCUUCGACUCCUCCAUUAAGCGGAUGACUAUGGCAUACACCCGCCCAGCGGACAAUGUCGUCGAUCUCUUCACCAAAGGUGCAACCGAAGCCGUUCUGUCCAUCUCCAACUGCACAGAGGAGGAGAUUGCCCGCAUCACCGCUGACGCAGACGCCAUGGCCAGCCAAGGUCUCCGUGUCCUCUGCCUUGCGCACAAGACUGUCUCUCCUGAUGAUGAGAAAGCAGUUGCGGACCGCGACGUGGCCGAAACUGGGCUCAACUUUGUCGGCCUCAUUGGCCUGUACGAUCCUCCUCGCGCAGAGACUGCUGAUGCCGUUCGCACUUGCCAGCGCGCCGGCAUCACUGUCCACAUGCUUACGGGUGACCAUAUCCGUACCGCGACCGCCAUUGCGCAGGAAGUCGGCAUCGUUGGCCAUGGACACUACCACAUGGAUCCCACCUCUACCGGCGAAGUCAUGCUCGCCUCUGAUUUCGAUAAGCUCAAUGACGACCAGCUCGACCAGCUGGAGAAACUCCCGCUCGUCGUUGCUCGCUGCUCGCCUACCACCAAGGUUCGCAUGGUACAGGCCUUGCACCGUCGACAAGCAUUCUGCAUCAUGACUGGUGAUGGCAUCAACGAUUCGCCCGCCCUCAAGCUGGCAGACAUUGGUAUCGCUAUGGGUUUGAACGGCAGUGAUGUUGCAAAGCAAGCUGCCGACAUGGUACUCGCUGACGAUAACUUCGCUUCGAUUGUCCGUGCCAUUCAAGAGGGAAGGAGACUCUUCGACAACAUUCAGAAGUUCCUCCUCCAUCUGCUUACCUCGAACAUCGCGCAAGUUGUCCUGCUCAUCAUCGCCCUCGCCUUCCAAGACGCAAACCAAAACUCCGUCUUCCCCCUUUCGCCCCUAGAGAUUCUGUGGGCCAACUUGGUCACCUCUUCACCACUAGCACUUGGUCUUGGCCUUGAGGCUUCGGUCGUGGACAUUAUGGACCGCCCACCACGGGACAUGAAAGUCGGUGUGUUUACGAAGUCGCUCAUCAUCGACAAGAUGGUAUACGGCAUCACCAUGGGGUCUCUGUGCUUGGUUGCGUUCGUCAGUGUCAUCUACGGCAUUGGCAGCGGCGAACACAGUCUAGGCGAAGAGUGCAACCAAGACUACAACGGCACCUGCGACCGUGUCUUCGAGGCCCGUGCCACCGUCUUCGCGGUGCUUUCCUUCACUCUCCUCAUCACCGCCUGGGAGGUCAAGGACUUCAACGCCUCCCUCUUCAAUAUGGGUCUCAUUGGUGUCAAACGCGAUCCAGAAUCAUCCAGCUCCAAGAUCUUCUCCGUCUUCCCCGCCGUCUAUCAGAACAAGUUCCUAUUCUGGGCGGUUGUUUCUGGCUUCAUUCUUGUAUUUCCCCUAAUUUACAUCCCGGAGGUCAACACCACCGUGUUCAAGCACAAGGGUAUCACUUAUGAGUGGGGCAUUGUCGUUGGCUGUCUGGUCAUGUACGUUGCGGUGAUCGAGAGCUGGAAGGCCAUCAAGCGCUUCAGGGUCAAGCAGACACAGAGGCGCAACGGCGAGAGUGGCAAGUCCACGCCUCAGGAUGGCAGCUCUGUCGUCUAA